AUGUCCAGUGUGAUUAUUUCAUUUGCAGAUCCAAAAAGAAAGGUUCUGGCUACUGGCACUGUUCCUACAGAGAAUUUACCAACACAAAGUCAUGAGGGGGAGACUAAAAAGCAUCGUGUUUUGGUGAAACAUACAUUUCCAGACCAACCCAGCACAUCUACUGGUGUUACCUCCUCAACCUCCACUAUAAAUGCCCUGUUAAACCAGCUUCGAAAAAGUGAUGUUCUCAGUUGUUGGAAAGUACUUGAUGAUACCAGUAGUGGAUUCAAGAUGGAACUAUAUGAUGACUGUCAUUCGGUGCCAAAAUAUACGAUGAUUUGUGAUUCUGGUUUGACGUUUACCCUCUUUACCUACCACUGGCCUAUCCCUGAUGAUCACACAUUGUAUCGAGAAUAUAAUCGAUCUGUUCGAGCUGAGAACAUAAAUAAACUUUUACGUUCAAUUGAAUCUUCACAAUUGUGUGAAGGAUUGCCCCACAUCCCAGAUGUAAAAGAUAUUGCUAUUGACCCAACUAGUAAUGACAGAGUCCCAGGAACAAUUCUUCGCCAUUCCGUACCCAAAAAACUGGCCAAUAAUGAGGCAGUGUAUGAAGUCUCUGUUUCUUUCAGAUCAGUUGAUUGUACCGUUUUAAAGGAAUCCCAAGAUCACCAGGAUAACACAUGUAAGCCAUGCUCCGAUUCAUUGAAGGCAAUUACUAAAGCAAGUAAGCAAAAAUCAAGAUCAUCUUCUGUACCGGCCAAAGCCAAAGCACCAUUGUCAGCUUGUGGACCUGAAAAACUUCGUGCUACUGUCAAGGCUACACGACUGCAGAAUAAACAGCUAGAGGACAGGCUAGAAAUUCUGCAGGCAAAGAUCGAAAAAGAUGGUAUUGGAGUCAGUGCAUCACUCGAGACUGAUUUACUAAAAAUUAUGGGAGGACAGAAUCUCGAAGUGACACCUCACAUGAAAUUCUUCUGGGAGCAGCAGAUGGCUUUCAUGCAGUCAAAGAAAAUGGGAAGAAGAUACCAUCCCCAAGUGAUUAGAUUUGCCUUGUCUAUCCAUGGCAAAUCACCAUCCGCUUACAGAGAGCUUCAAGAUAGUGGUGCUCUGAUGCUCCCUAGUGAACGAGUGUUGAGGGAUUAUAAGAACUACUUUAAACCUAAAGCUGGGAUCAACAAGGAAAAUGUGGAAUGCCUGAGAGAGAAAAUUAAAUCCUUUACUGAAGUCCAGCGGUAUGUAGCUAUUGUGAUUGACGAGAUGAAGAUACAGUCUAAUCUUGUCUUUGACAAACACUCUGGCGACCUAAUUGGUUUUAUUGACUUGGGUGAUCCAAUGGUCAAUUUUGCUUAUGUGGAAGAGGAAACUUUUGCAUCCCAUGCUCUUGCAUUUCUCGUUAGGGGACUGUGCACUGACCUCAAACACAUCAUCGCAUACUUUUUCACCAAAGAUCUGACAUCCUUCCAGCUAAUGCCACUGUUCUGGAGAGCUGUGUCUAUCCUCGAGUUGUCACUGCAGUUGUAUGUGUGUGCAGCUGUGAACGAUGGUGCAUCUGCCAACAGAAAGUUUUUCCGCCUGCAUUCACAACUGGCACAAGAUUUGAAGUGUGAUGUUGUAUACAAAACACGAAAUGUGUUUGCAAUGUCACGCUUCAUCUAUUUCUUUGCAGACUCGCCUCACCUCAUCAAGACAGCUCAGAACUGUUUGUAA